GCUCCCUUGAUGUAACACGGGAGACCACUCUGUGAGUUUGUUAUGAUUGGAGUUCAAGGCGGGAAGGCUAGUGAGGCGAAAAACAAUAGCAGCUAAUUGGUGGUAGCCCGACGUGACUUGACACACCGUAACAAAUCAGUUGUCACACAAGCAUCAAGCACACCAGUCAAUCGCCUAGGGAAGCACAGGGCUUGGGUAGAAGAACAGUUACCGAUCCUUUCUUGGUUACAACGGCAAACCACGUGGCGCACUGCAUGAAAGUCACUGGCUCAUAACAGCGCAGUUGUAAGCCGAACAUACGGACAUCGACGUACAGUCUUCAUCAAGCUGUGCCCCGAGGAAACUUGGACUUACACACGCGUAUAUUCACUCUUCAUUCAUACAAAAUAAAUUCAAGAUGAGUUCGGGAAGAGGCGAUACUCCGGCGGAGAAAGUGGCACUUAAAAAGACAAUCACCCUCUUCCAGGGGGUAGCGAUCAUCGUCGGUAUAAUCAUUGGCUCCGGUAUUUUUGUGUCACCUGUUGGAAUCCUUAUGCACACUAAGUCGGUGGGAUUUUCUUUGAUAAUGUGGGCUAUAUGUGGAGUUUACAACACCCUGUGCGCGGUCUGUUAUGCAGAGUUGGGUGCAGCGAUGCCUCAGUCUGGCGGGGAGUAUGUUUACAUCAAAAGGGCCUUUGGUGAUUAUCCAGCAUUUGUGUGUCUGUGGAUUAACUUCCUGUUGAUUUGCCCAGUUGGUAUUGCGGCACUGAGUUUGAUAUGCAGUUUGUAUAUUCUUCAACCAAUAUUCCCUGAUUGCGAUGUACCUGAGCUUCCCCAGCGACUGUUUGCAGUGUGUAUCGUGUGUCUGCUGAUCGGCAUCAACAUCCGCAAUGUCAAAUGGGCGACCCGGGUGCAGGUCGUCAUCACCACCUGCAAACUGGUGGCACUCGCCAUCAUCAUCGUCAUCGGAUUCAUCUACUUUGGGAAAGAUAUGAAGACUCAAGGAGAGGUGGAGAGCUUCCAGAACUCUUUCGAAGACAGUGACUACAGCGCAGGGGCCAUCGCACUCUCCUUCUACUCGGGCUUCUGGGCAUACAGCGGAUGGAGUUACCUGAACUUUUUAACAGAGGAACUUGUGGACCCAAAUCGCAACCUGCCUCGAGCCAUCAUGAUCUCCAUGGUGCUUGUAAUCUCCAUCUACCUGGUCACCAACAUCGCAUACCUCGCUGUGCUCUCCCCAACAUCGAUGCUCAAGUCGACUGCUGUGGCUGUGACGUUUGCGGGUCAGACAAUGGGUGUGAUGUCAUGGCUGAUGCCCAUCCUCAUAGCAGUCUCCGUGAUGGGAACCAUGAAUGGAACAGCCCUUUCAAUGUCGAGACUGUUCUUCAUCGGUGCCCAGAACAACCAUAUGCCACACUUCAUGGGUAUGAUCCAGUACAAGUACCUGACCCCGGCCUCAUCACUGUUUGUCAUUCUGGCUCUGGUCACAUGUUUCCAGUCGUCCAAUGAUAUUUGGUAUUUGAUCGAGAUGGAGGGCUUCGGGUUUGCCACGGUACUCACAGUGGUGUUUGCCGGACAGGCUUAUCUCAGAUACAAGGAGCCGGACAUGAAGAGACCCAUCAAGGUACCAGUUGCGCUGCCAAUAGCCCUGAGUGUCAUCAGUUUGGCCAUCGUGGUGCUCACAUUCUACCAGAAGCCCUCUGAAAGCUUGAUGGCACUGGGCCUCAUUCUCUUUGGCUCAGUCUUCUAUGUGAUUGGCAACAGGUGGCAGAACAAACCGCGGGAGCUGCAGACCAAGAUCAAUUCUAUCAACAAGUUCUUUCAAAGACUGUUCCUGGUCAUACCACCAGACAACCCAGAUGAAGUGGAAUGGGAGUAACCUCCCCUUCUGUGAACCGAGAUUUGGAGUAAUCUCCCUUUUUAUGAGAUUGUACCAAGAGUAGCCUCCCCUGCUGUGUAAAUGAACCGGGCCCACUUUGGUCUACAGGCAGUCAUAUCAGCUGCAUCUUUGGUUUCUCUUGGAGGAAGAUAACCGUUCAAAAUCUGAAGUGUAGGUUGAAGAUAAUGUUCAUUAAUUUGCACAUGUUUUGCAUCAGUUCAAUUAGUUAAACGUUACAUUUUGUGUUGAAGAUAUCAGACUAAAACAAUUCAAGAAAUACACAGCAGAAUAUGUGGGGUAACUGACCCAAGGGUCACUCGGUGCUAGUAGAAGCUUUAGUUCUGGUACCAAGCUUUCAUUGGAUCAACCAACAGAAUACUUCUUGUGAAGCUCAAAGUAAACCUCAGAUAUAAAUUUCACGGAGCUUUACAAUUUAUGUAGUGUGUAGACCCACAUAACAUCUCUCCUGCUAUUGACAUCAAUGGUUAAAUUGUUUAUUGGCAUUCUACGGGGGUUAAUCUAGACCUAGAGGCAGACAUUCGGCCCUAAAUCUGCAUCAAAUGUCAGUAGAUAUCCAAAUGGAAAUAAUACAAUCCCAGUUAUAACAACUGCGAUGGCUUGGUUAAGGUGACUUGUGCUUAUUGGAUUAGAGGACCAAUAAAGAGGUGAGGCUUAUUUGUACGUCAUUGCAUUCAAUUCAGCGCUGAAGUAGUUCGAACUAUUUUUACCAAUUGGCCGCCAUGUUGUUUAGAGUGCUACAUAAACAACCCCAGUUCUGAAAUUUGACAGUGUGAGUUAUGGAUCUUUGAUGUUCCUUUCACUGACUAUGUCAUGUUUAAAAAGUUGAAUAUUUCCAUGUUUUUUCUGUGCCUUAAUUGAUUUGUGAGCAUUUCAAGUGAGCUCUAGUGUGUCACUGUGACUGUGGCAUCAGGGUGAGUGUGUUUGGCAUUUGUACUGAGAGUGUGUGACAACUGGGAACAUUGCAAGGACAGUCUGUUGUCACCAUGCCUCAGUUGUAUUGUGCACACAUCCCUGUGAUUCCAGUAACCACCACUGUCCAUGUUCCUUCACAAUGUUCCUGUUCCUGUUCUUCCAUGUUGUUUUAAUUCACCUUUGAAUCUUUUAUGACCAUAUAUUUAUUUUUUCUUAGCUUUUAACAUGUUUGAAUCAUGUCCAUUCUUUUAAUUAGAAAACAUUGACGUCGUCUCAUACAUACAUAGCAAACAUGUAGAAUUUAGGCCCCAAAAAAUAACAGUCUUGUUCUCAGGCGCCGCCUGCAUCAUCGUAAAGUCUGCGGCAUGUUUCGUUUUUAUUUCCAUUUUAAAAAGAAAAAAAAUUUUCCUAAUACUCAAAAACAAAGCAAUCCAAUAUAGCACACAGUUACUUCAUUUUACAUGCACUCUGCUUUCCUGUGCAUCUCGUGUUUAUGGUUAUGAUGGCAAUGGGAGUUUGUAUGCUACUUUAUGUAGGGAGUCCGUUUCCCAGGUUGAUGGUACACAACUGUUUGUUUGGUUACAUAUUAGCUUAAACAAGCAAACAUUAUAAAAAAAGACCCCAUGGUCAUUGCCUGAGAACCAAUUCUUUCUUUUUUUUUAAGCCUUAUUGAAUAACUGUACAAUUGCAAUGGUUUAAGUGUAGCUUUUCAUCAGCUUACAGUCAUGUACCUGUACUAUCCGUGACAUCAAAACCGUCCGUUAUUGUUGGUACUGGAAAUCAAUCCCUAGAAAACUUAUCGGCUUACUUUAUGUUUGGCCCUGCAUUUGUCUCGCCUGUUAAAGUACUGGGGUUGAUUGACAAUAGGCUUUCUGCCACACUUAUAUCGUGGAAGGAGGCCUAGUGUGAAAUGAUUUGCUGAAUUUUAAUCUGAUUAGAAUGAUUCCAUGACAUGGCUUUUAGUGUAAGGUACUGGUUCUAGUCGUAUAACCCGAUCAAAAUUCAGUAUGGCAGGGUCCACUUGCACAAGAUGAUCUUAACACUAUGACGAUCUUAACACUACGACGAUCUUAACACUAUGACGAUCUUAACACUACGACGAUCUUAACACUAUGACAAUCUUAACACUACGACGAUCUUAACACUAUGAUGAUCUUAACACUACGACGAUCUUAACACUACGACGAUCUUAACACUACGACGAUCUUAACCUCCACAGUUGGACAUGUACGUAUGACAGUCGAGGUGCUGUGAUUGAUUGGUGAGAGUGGGUUUUGGUAUUCCAAAAUGUUUUACAUCAUAACGACUAGUGAUCAAGAUACAUUUCUACCUGACUUCACUGCCCCAUAAUGCUUCAGUGUUGCCAUGACGACACAGUCACCAUGUCUACUGUUGUCAUCAUCACUGAAGGUUAUAAUUUCCAUCCCAGUGGCAUUUAGAGAGUUGACCUAGUCAGUGUGAACAGGAAAUUAUGUCUACUAUCAUCAUCACUGAAGGUUAUAAUUUCCAUCCCAGUGGCAUUGAGAGAGUUGACCUAGUCAGUGUGAACAGGAAAUUAUGCUCCAGAUGUAUAUGAAAUGGAUAGGGGUGGCACUGGAAUUCACUGUACAGAGUUCAAAUCCCUGAUUCAUCCUCAUGUUGCUUUUAGGGUUGUCAGCACCAUAUAUAUGUACUUGUGGGCUUCACCAAAGUGGUAAACAUUUGAACCCUGCCUCACAUCAUGGGACAGAACUGAAAUAUGACAAGAUGGCAUUAAACCAAAUGCACUCGCUCACUCACUCACUCACCAACCCUCGAACCCACUAUUUCAUUCCUCACUCACCCACUCACUCACUCACCAACCCUCCCACCCACUAUUUCAUUCCUCACUCACCCACUCACUCACCAACCCUCCCACCCACUAUUUCAUUCCUCACUCACCCACUCACUCACUCACUCACCAACCCUCCCACCCACUAUUUCAUUCCUCACUCACUCACUCACUCACUCACUCACCAACCCUCCCACCCACUAUUUCAUUGCUCACUCACCCACUCACUCACUCACUCACCAACCCUCCCACCCACUAUUUCAUUCCUCACCCACUCACUCACUCACCAACCCUCCCACCCACUAUUUCAUUCCUCACCCACUCACCAACCCUCCCACCCACUAUUUCAUUCCUCACUCACUCACCAACCCUCUCACCCACUAUUUCAUUCCUCACUCACUCACCAACCCUCCCACCCACUAUUUCAUUCCUCACUCACCCACUCAAAUUCUGCCAAAAACUAACAAGCACAGUAUUCAUUAAGGUUAUAUUUUUAUGAAAAAAAGCCAGUCAUUUGUUUAUUAUUUGAAAGUUGUCAGAUUUGGUCAUAGUGGUACAAUAAUCCCAUUAAAACACUGAAUCUGUAAGAAAUCUGUGAUAGGAUGAAACUAUUUGUAGAUAGUUUGAAGACUUCGACUAAUUAUUUCCUCAAGUCUUUGCUAAAGUUUUCAGAUGUGAAAUAGUAAUAAAAGAUGCUGUAUAUUAUAGAAAACAAGAAAAUAUUAGACAUCUUUUUUCUUUCUUGUUUAUUCCAUCAAUUCAAGAGGUUUUCAGGAAGAUAUCUUCAGCUCGACCCUGACAACAUCUAUAUAAUUGAUGUGGCUUCCCACCCAUUCACCAUGUUGGCAUCAUGACAAAGGAGACUGAAAGAAGAUGUCAGAUUGUCUUGGUACUACAUUAGACUGUACCACUGCUUACUCUAACUGCCUUUCAGAUAUGUCACCACUAACUGGUCAAAGCAGUGUUGGGGGCACGGGUGGCCCAGUCGUCUAAGGCGCUGCGAUUCGCUGUGCAGAUUUGCGUCCCUUGGGCACACCAGAAACCUAUGAUUGUGGGUUCGAAUCCCGGUUCGCCCUGAUUAUGUUUCUAGGUUUGUCAGCACCAUACCCGUGCUCGUGGGUUUCACCGAAGUGGUAAACGUCUGAGACCUGCAUCAUUUCGGGCUUUCCUCCCACAUUAAGCUGACACGCCGUGAUAUAACUGGAAUACUGUUAAAAGCGGCGUUAAACCCAACUCACUCACUCACUCACUCAAAGCAGUGUUAAACCAACCCCACUCUUGUGUUAUCCUAGGAACUUAUUGUAUUUGCGUGUAUAUUUUAGAGAGGACUUAUUUUAGGCCAUGGUGUUACUUGUGAAUAUUAUUAUUUCCAACUGCGUGCCAUAGUGUCUUUAGCACCUGUGCAUCUUGUAGGGACGUGCCUUUACUGUCAUGUAUGGCUAUGUAUGUAUUAUUUUAUGUUGUGUGUAUAUUUGCAGCUUGUUGGAGUAUGGCUUGGGUUAUCCAUUGCCUUGACAUCCUUCUUGAUGGCUGCUUCUAGCAUUGUCUAGUGCUGGUGAUGACAUCGUGACACAAUGACAGUAUUUUGCUUGUAUGUUAUUUGCCGUCCCAUAGGGAUCCAUUGGUAGAAUGGGCUCCAAUAGCACAAUGCUUGUAGAAACAACUAAAAUCAGACCGUGACUUGUGUCAUAUACCUGGUUGGUGUGAAGACUGCUCAUGAUAUCAACCUCUGGUUUGUCUGGUCAAGAUUCAGUUAUUUAAAGGCUGUUGUGAUGUAGUUGUCAUUUGUUCACUUUGUUUUAUACCCUAUUCAGUCGUUUGCUCAAUCGUUAUCCUGUAUGACUUUGUGAAAGUUUCGUAACCAACUCAACUGAGUUAUGGUAGAUAGAAUAGGCUGACAGUUGUCUGUGGUGUCACAACUCUUUGUGUAGUAUGUUGUACAGUUAUGUCCCUUAGUUGGGCCAGGAUCAACUAGUUGUGGGAUCAAAUCCCAAAUUCUUUCAAAUUGCAAUCCCUGAUGUUUCAGCACUAUACCUGCACUCAUGGGGUUAUGUCCCUUCGUCGUGCCAGGAUAGGCUAAUUGUGGGAUCAAAUCCCAGUUUUUUCCAAAUUAUGAUGCUUGGUUUCUGAGCACUACACUGUACUCAUGGGGUUAUGUCCCCUGGUUGUUCCUGGAUCAGCUAAUUGUGGGAUCAAAUCCAAGAUUCUUUGGAAUUAUUAUGUUUCUUGUUUUGCCAGCACGUAAUUGUACUAGUGGCUCUGACGAACCAAUUCCUAUAUUUUUUUAACCUAAUGUGUCAUUUGGUAUUUUUUUUAAACACACACACAAGGAGCUGUCACACUGUCAGAUGACCUAAAAACUGUUCACAGCAGCUUUCAACUCAACUCAUUCACUCACUCACUCUCUCCACAGUUAAGUCAUUCAUGAAAAUACCACAGCUCAGUUGGAUUGUAUUCAUGUCUAGUUCAGUGGAUAGCAACAGCAGAAAUAUAUAUUGAUAGGUAUCCUACACCAUGUCUACAAACAGCCAUAUAAGAAUACCUUGUUUAUCUCCAUGUCAAAAAUUUGUGCUGGCUCUUUUAUGUAAGAAAUAAAUACUUGUAUAUGAUCAUGACAAAAUCACUUCAACACCAUCAUAACAGUAAAAACGCUUCCAUGUAGCAUCAAGUUCAGAAGGAACCUACUUCAUAUCACUGCAAUUUUACUCAUGCAGCAAAAAAUUGUUUCCAUGACAACACAGAUUAAUUUUGUGAUUUAAGCAAAUUCAAAAAAUGCCUUGUGAUUGUGAUGUGGUUUUGUAGGCACUGUAGGCUAAAUGUUCGAAUCGUUUCAUAAAAAGCUGCCCAAUUCAUUAAGAUAUUUUUAAUAUAUUUGAAAAUGAGCUUAUGGUCUUGAAAUGUAAGUCAUUGCUGUCUCAAAUGUAAGAGACAUGCACUGCCUCAUUUAUUUAUCAACUCUUAGAAAUUUUCUCAUUACUCAUUAUCAUACAAUGGAUUAUGUUAUCAAUGCAAUAAACCAGCUGAGCAUGAAUUCAUGAUCCGAUAAAUAUAGAAAUGAGGUCAAAUUGUUUAUGUGUGCAUAUAUUGUGAACAUGGUAGCAUGUCAAAUUUCAAACGAUUGUGAAAUUUCUUAUUCUGAAACAACAUUGUACUUUCUAACAAGGUAGUUUACGUGUGUAACUUUUUUAUUUAUCUGAACAAUGGUUGAGUCGGUCUAAAUGUCCGUCUGGGAUUUGUAUUUGAGACGGAAUAAUUUUCACUUGAAAAGACCAUUAUUUUUCCCAGGACCCACAAUACAAUAUUUCUCAGAAUUUUCAGCAUGUCCAGUGAAUGCUUCAUUAUGUAUUUUAAGACCUGAAGACAAUUUCCUCAUUAACUCGAAGCAUAUCAAGUGGUCAGCCCCUUUCUGGCAUCAUGAACCUGAAUGUCUCAGUUGUGUAUUGGUACAACACUGAUGGUGUGAUACGUAGUAUUGCUAGUCUAGACACCCAUUAUCCUUCAAUGCAUUCUUUUACAUUGUUUUGUUUUAUCUAUAUAUUUGCGAGUAAGACAUGAGGUAUUGGCACAUAGCAUUGUCAUGUAUAUACCAUAUUCUAUGUAGUAAGCGCCAAGGGUGAUAAUAGUUUUCAAAGUAGUUCAAGAAGACUACCUCUUGCACUUUGUUCCGACUGUCGCUUCUGAUUGCUUCAGGACAAGAUGCUUAUAAGACAGGGGUUGUACCUUCAAGAGUGUAACAGGGCAUUCAAAAGGAUGUCUAGAUGUGCCAUUUGGAAAUCAUCUUCUCGAGGCAAGAGAGUUAAUUGACUGUAAAAGUCCAGUUUCCAUCAUUGCCUUCUGGGCCAGAAUUUCUUGGUUUGAUCGUAGCCACCAGUGGCUAUUACGCUUAUGUCUCUUCUAUGUCCCUCCUUUUGACCAAUCAGAUUCCACCUCUCAUACCAACUGCAUUUGCUUCAAAUAAAAUGGCGGCACCCAGGGGAGACAAUGUGAUCGAUGAUCAAGAUCUAUAUUGUAAUAAAACAGGUCUUACUUCGUGAAGUGCAUCAAAUCACGCUAGCACCUUGGAUUUAAACUUCGAAAAGUUUAUGAUACGCAUUUCUGAAACCUGCAUGGCAGUUUAUGAACAGAAUGUUGAGUUCCUCACGUGAUUUUGUUUGGACUGUGCAUAGAAUCGUAGUUUAGAAAUAUAUGUGACAAAAAGGGCAAACUUCUGAAUUUGGACCUGAUUUCCGUAAAAGGCGACUAAUGGGGUUGGGUGGUCAGGCUCGCUGACUUGGUUGAUGUAUGUCAUCGAUUCCACAUUGCGAGGAUUGAUGCUCAUGAUAUCAAUCACUGGAUUGUCUGGUCCAGAAACGAUUAUUUACAGACCGCCAUCAUAUAGCUGGAAUAUUGCCGAGUGCAGCGUUAAACAACCAACCAACCAACCAACCCUUUCCCAUUUCAAUCAGAUUGAUGAAAAGUCUAUUUUCCAUUUUCCAUUUUCAUGUCCAGGGAGAAAUAACAUUUAUCACUGCUUCAUAUGAUAUAAUUUCUAAAAGUGCCCUUCCAGCAAACAGCACUUAUAGAAGGUAUUUCAGUUUCAAUCAGUGAUAAUUUCUGAGACAUUCUCCAUGUGUUAUAUUGAUAAUUACUUGUUGUUGUUGGGUGUUUUGGGGAGCAGGGCGCUUAAUGCAUAGAAUAGGGUAGAUUGAGUUCAUUGUGUAGAUAUUUCCUUUACCUUCACCAUACACAGUCAUGUUCUGUCUGUAUGUAUUUACUUCAUGCAUUUGUGAGAAUAUGUUCUGCUAUAUUUUGUAUUUAUAUCAUUUGUCAUGGUCUCAUAGUUACAUGUGUAUAUGUAUCAUAUGUAAAAUGUUUUUAAAUAACCUUCUAAAGUGCAUAUGACCCAUCUCAGAUAUUUAAAAUUGUGAAAAUGAUUUGAGCGUGUUGAAAAAUGGUUGAUAAAUGUUGUUAUCUGGGAUUUGAAACUUUUCAUUGUUAUCCCCUGCCCAACAAAGUUGGAUAUAGAAACGGGCUUCAUCCGUCCGUCCGUCACGUUUUGUUUCCGGAGCAUAACUCAGAAACCAUUCAAUAUUUUUUCAUGAAACUUUGCAGUUCUGUCAGGUACAUGCCGAACUGGUGCAAUUUACUAUUUAUAAAUUUUAUUAAUUUUUAUUUUUUACAAUUUCCAUGACAAGUUCCACCUCGGUUAAAAAAGGUUAGGGUUUGUUUAGAUUUAAUUAUGUCAUAAAUUCUGCAACAGGGGCGGGGGAUAUAGCCAUGUAGUGGCAAACUCUUGUUUAUACUCUCUUCGGGGGCUUGGGGCCUAAUCAUCCAAGAUGCCGCAAUUCCUUGAUGAUGUUUCCAGGUUUGUCAGCACCAUACUGUGCUUGAUGGUUUCAGCAAAGAGGAAAGCAUCUGAAACCUGCAUCACUUGGGGAUGUCCUCCCACAUUAAGCUGGGACACUGUGAUAUAACUGGAAGAAAGUUAAAAGUGGUGUAAAACCCAACACACUCGCUCAUACGUUCUUGGGCAGUAUUGUUUCAUUUCUGAGUUCUUAGUUUAAAAAAGGGUCAUCUGACAAAGGAACACGAGUAGUGCUUUCAUUACAUAUUGAAUAGUAUUGUCAGAGCACUUUGGGUUCAGGGGCCAUGGAAGCAAUGACAUCAUCCAUUCUGGCAAGACGUCAUGGUAUUCCUGAGUGACACUUGUUUUAUAACACACAGGAAGAGAGUGCUUAGGAAUAUUACUGCAACCCGUUUGUUUUUAUGAUGUUGAAAAUUAGUUUUUUUGGUGAUUUGGUUUUUUUUUUGAGUGUUUGAGGUGCGGAAAGCUUAACACUGGUUCUUAUGAAAAUUCAGGCAUGAAAUACUCAAUAAAACAUGUCGUUUUUCUCCUUAACAUUUAUUCUAUGGAAGUGACAAUGUUUGUAUCCUAAAUGUUAGACCAGAUGGAAGUCACAAUGUUUUCCCCUGUAAAUGUUGGACCAAAUGGAAGUGACAAUGUUUUCCCCAGUAAGUGUUGGACCAAAUGGAAGUAGCAAUGUUUUAUCAAUCUCUUUUUCUCAGUGGAUGUGAUGAUGUUUAUUGUCCUAAAUGUUUGACCAAAGGGAAGUGAAAAUGGUUUUCCUCCUAAAUGUUUGACCAAAGGGAAGUGAAAAUGGUUUUCCUCCUAAAUGUUUGACCCAGAGGAAGUGACAAUGUUUUUCUCCUAAAUGUUUGACCCAGAGGACGUGACAAUGUUUUCCUCCUAAAUGUUUUUGACCCAGAGGAAGUGACAAUGUUUUUCCUCCUAAAUGUUUUUGACCCAAUUGAAGUGAAAAUGGUUUUCCCCCUAAAUGUUUGACCCAAUGGAAGUGAAAAUGGUUUUCCUCCUAAAUGUUUGACCCAAUGGAAGUGACAAUGUUUUCCUCCUAAAUGUUUUUGACCCAGAGGAAGUGACAAUGUUUUUCUCCUAAAUGUUUGACCCAAUGGAGGUGACAUCUGGUGUUGCAUGUGCAGAAUUCUGUUACAUCACAACUCAAAAAGGACAAGUCCUUGAAUUCUUUGCAACAAAACAGAAUGAACUGCAGCAUGCUAUGGUUGUUAGAGGAGAGUAGUAAGAGGAUCUAUUGUACAGAUUGCUGAUGUGGCCCGGUGGACAAGGUUCCCUACCUGGAUUUGUUGGUCAUGAGUCUAAAUCCGCGUCUUAACCAGGUUAUCAUCCUCGGUUUGUCCCCUCCGUUACAUGUUUGUGUCGUUUUUUUCUUGGUGAGGAAUGUCACCUGUGUCAUUUGAGAUAGGUAACUGAAAUACUGUCCAAAACAAUGUAAAUCAUGCCACACUAUCCAGGUGAGCUUUUGUGUGAGUUUGAACAGUAGGCCAGUUAUAUCAUGUUGCAUCAUGUUAUAGGGAGAAACUCCUGAAGGGAUGCAGAUAGUAGGUGAUUGGAGAUUAGCAGAUCCUGGUGUGGUUUAGGGAGACAACCCUGGCACAGCAAAUGCAGUACCUUUGAUGACAAAAUGUGUACUGAUCUGUAUGUAACAACUAUUGUCAGACAGAUGUGAUGCUACUUCUAAACAAUUCUUCAGUCACAUUUUCAUCACAGUUAAUGAAAUGGAUGUAUAACCUGUUCGUGAUUGAUUACUGACAUCAUUGUGUGAUUUUCAGACUGAAUACAAAGCAUGUUUUGUUGUUGAUAUAAAUCUACUACCAUGGUUGCCAUGGUGUUUGUUCGUGAAAUAGUUACAAGUUUGUUUAGUGUUAUUUAUAAGGCUGUCAUUGUACAUAAGGGACACAUUAUGAAAUAUUUAAGAUAAGUCUUAUCGGAAGUAACUUAUUUGUUGAAAGUUCAAGAUCAGUUUGACAUUUUGCUCAAGGUAGUGGUGUAUUACAGUGGUAGAAAAGUUUUACCCAUAUACUAUGUAAGGAGAAUCAGAACAUUUUUUGUUACUGGUUUAAUUUGAGGCAUUUGGAGGCUUUUCACCCUGAAGACAAGGACUUCAAAACUUCAAUAUGAUGUUAUGUACAGUAGCAAAUGGUUUCAUCAAGUAUGUGAACUGCACAUCUACCAAGACAUCGCAUUGACAGAAUAUAGAAGUUGAAAUUCAUAAAUCAACCCAGUCUCCAUUGUUGAUAAUUGAUAAUGAAAUAGGAAUUAAUUACACUUUGUUGCCAGGUGAAGUAACGUGACAAGUAUAUGGUAAUUAGGAACAUCUUAGCAGUCCCCAUAUACCAGGGUCAGAUUCAGGGUGUUUCAAAUGGAGUCCGCAUUUCGGAUCUUAGUAGUCCACACACAGGGUCACAGAUAGACAUUGGGUUCCAAAUUAAAGGGAUCCACAAUGGAUUUUUAGCACUGUAUCUAGCUAACACGAUCUUCUGUGUUGGAGGCUUUUUAUUGUUCAGGUUAUGAAUUAAUCACAUCUAAGCUGAAACAAAAGCCACAUUCAUAAAAAGGUAGCUUUGUCUUUAACGGUGCCACAAAAAUCAAAAUAACUUUCCUUUUCAAAUUAUGUAUUAGUGUGUUGUGUAUAUAUAUAGUCUGUGGUAACCUACCAUGAACAACCUUCGCAGACACUGGUAAGAUAAAAAAAACAACUUCCUGCACAAUAAACAAAAUUGCCUUUCCCCCGCGAAACAGACCAAAUUUAUGCCAAAAUGUAUAAAAGAAAUGUUACACAAAUGUUUUUAUUUCGAAUCGACCCAAGCUUAAAAUUGAAUGUGUGGCUUUGGUAUUAGCUGCUAAAGCAAAGCAAUGUGUGGGAUGACCUGCCACUCUGCACCAAAUGGUUGUCGGACAUUCACAAUUUGCACCAGCCGUUUUGUGUGACACGUUUCUUAGCAGGAAGAGAAGUAGUUGCGUGGGUGACGGUGUGAUAGAUUUCUGUAAACUGGUUUUGUUGGUGUUUAUAUUAAGUACAGUUUGCAGCUCUAUUUUUGGAAAUAAAAUGAUCUUAUCUUAA